AAGUACAGUUUAUUUGUUGCUGCUGGUUUCACUGUGAAUCCGAUGCGACAUAAAGAGGAAAUUUGGGGAUUUUCUGGACUGUUUUGUUAAACCGACGAGGGAUCUCUUGUUGUCAUGGGUCUUUUCGGAGUUACAUACGGCUGGAUGUUGAUCUUCAUCCUCCUCUUCUCCUCUUCAUCGGCUCACAGUGACGUCUUCACCUCCAUCGGUCAGAUGACCGACCUGCUGUUCGUGGAGAAGGACCUGGUCUCCUCCCUGAAGGACUACAUCCGAGCAGAGGAGAGCAAACUGGAGCAGAUUAAAAAAUGGGCAGACCGACUGGACAUCCUGUCGGCGGUGGCCACCGAGGACCCCGAGGCGUUCCUGGGACACCCGGUCAACGCUUUCAAACUGAUGAAGAGGCUGAACACGGAGUGGGGGGAGCUGGAGAGCCUGGUGCUCUCGGACACGUCCCACGCGUUCAUCUCGAACCUGACCAUCCGCAGGCAGCACUUCCCGAACGACGAGGACCAGAGCGGAGCCGCCAAAGCUCUGACGCGGCUGCUGGACACCUACCGGCUGGACACCGACUCGUUCUCCUCCGGAGAGCUGCCAGGCUUGUCCCAGUCCUCCCCCCGUAGCUCUCUAUCCGUGUCUGACUGCUUUGACCUGGGGAAGGUAGCGUACUCGGAGGCCGACUACUACCACACCGAGCUGUGGAUGACUCAGGCGCUCAAGCAGCUGGACGCGGGGGGGCCCGGGGAGGACCAGGCGUCCGUCGCCGUGGACGCCGUCGCCGUGGACGCCGUCACCAUCCUGGACUACCUGAGUUUCUCCGUCUACCAGCAGGGGGCGCUGGAGGCGGCGCUGGACUUCACCCGCAGGCUGCUGGCUCUCGACCCAGUCCACCAGCGAGCCAACGGGAACCUCAAGUACUUUGAGUUCCAGCUCGCCAAACGGAGGCCAGCGGGGGAGAGGGGGGUGAGACCCGGGGAGAAGGGUGAGACCCGGGGUCGACCGGCAGACUAUCUGCCCGAGAGGAAGCAGUACGAGCAGCUGUGUCGCGGCGAGGGAAUCAGGAUGACUCCUCGCAGGCAGAGCCGCCUCUUCUGCCGUUACUACGACAACAACCGCCACCCGAUGUACGUGAUUGGUCCGGUGAAGCAAGAGGACGAGUGGGACCGCCCCCUCAUCCUCCGAUACCACGACAUCGUCUCGGACACCGAGAUAGAGCGGGUGAAAGAGCUGGCCAAACCCAGGCUGCGGCGAGCCACCAUUUCCAACCCUGUCACCGGCGUUCUGGAGCCGGCCCACUACCGCAUCAGCAAGAGUGCCUGGCUCGGAGCAUUUGAACACCCGGUGGUAGACCGGAUCAACCAGAGGAUCGAGGACAUCACCGGUCUGGAUGUCUCCACAGCAGAGGAGCUGCAGGUGGCUAACUACGGCGUCGGAGGACAGUACGAACCUCACUUUGACUUCCGACGGAAAGAUGAACCAGAUGCUUUUGAAGAGUUGGGGACAGGAAACAGAAUCGCCACGUGGCUGCUUUACGUCAGUAAUCAUUAUGUCAUCAUUACGUCAUCAUGAUGUCAUCAUUGUGUUAUCGUUAUGUCAUCAUUGUUCAUGUCUCUGU